AUGACUGAGUUUUUCGGAGCUGACUUCCGAAUUCUUUUAAUUUGCCUGUUUGGAGUGAUAUCAGUAAAAAGCACAGAAUUAUGUAAACAACCCAUUGCCAAAAACAGUAACUUAACUGCCUCUAGUGAAUAUGGGAAAAAGGACAGCAAACACGUGUACGGGGCUGAGAGGGGGUAUCUGGACACCAAGGAGGAGAUAAUCAAUGGAAUAACGGAAAUUGGAGGCUGGGCAGCGGCCAUUAAUGACCACAAUCAGUACAUUCAGGCAACAUUUUCAAGACCCCAUUUAGUACGUGAUGUCAUUACUCAAGGGCGGCAUGGAUGCUGCAAACAGUGGGUAACGACUUAUACAGUGCAGUACAGCUACGACUGCAAGCAAUGGAAAACAGUCGGAGGAGUGAAUGCAACGGUUUUCCAAGGUAAUAUCGACGAAGACAGCAAAGUUACAAAUCACUUGCCAUGUCCAGUAUGGGCAAGAUGUGUUCGACUUCUACCUAAAACCUGGAAUCAACAUAUUGCGAUGAGGCUUGAAUUUUUGGGAUGUCCCAUCAAAAUGCCAAGCUCCCCUUCAAACCCUUCCACUGGAAAGAGUACAACAACGUCCACUACCCUACCCGUUACUCCAUACAGACUUCCAACAGGAGUAGCGUCAAAUUACAACCCCCUUGAUCCAAAGGACUGCAAACGGUCACUCCUGGCCUACAGCUGCAGCGUGCCGAUAAUUCGUCAGCACUGCAAACAUUCUUGUGCAAAUACAUCAGUACUAACGACCAGUGCUACCACAACAAAUGCAAACCAGACGAUAGCAACAACUGGUGGAAGCAUGACUUCAUCGAAUCAAACAGGAAAUACUUUCUCUUCUGCUUCCUUUCCAACAUCCUCACCGAGUGGAUCAACCAAUAUACUUACCAAAGUACCUAGCCAGGGCAUUCGCCUCCCUAAUACACCGCAAUGUGACGAGUACCUUGUUUCUGGGUCGAGUCCCGUACCGGACAAUCACAUCAAUGCUACUAGUGAGUACGGGGCAGCCGACCCCAAACACGACUACAGUGCCCCCAGGGCACGGAUCAACAACACAGAAGUCAAAACACCGCACGGGGUCACACAGAUGGGGGCCUGGGUCGCAAAAGUUUUGGAUAAAAACCAAUAUAUACAGGUAGAAUUGAACAAGAUAAGCACAAUCAAGGCCAUUGUGACAAAAGGACGUGACGGUUGCUGCAAACAGUGGGUAACAAAGUAUUCGAUAAUGUACAGCAUAGAUGGAAAACACUGGAGCAAAUAUGGUCCACAGACAGCGCAUGUUUUCAAGGGUAAUUCUGACGAAAACACACCAGAGAUCAACACCUUACAAUCCCCAAUACAGGCAAAAUAUGUAAAGCUACAUCCCUUGGAAUGGAGUCAUCAUAUAGCAAUGCGAUUUGACUUGAUCGGCUGUGCAAGUACACAGCAGACAACAAUCUCCUUACCUGUUUCUACACAAUUAACAAUGUCCACCACCAGAACCUCAUCAGGAAACACAUCCUAUCAAUCAUCAACUCUACAGUCAACAACACCCACAGUUGUAUUAACUGCAUCCUCCAACACCAGUGGACUAACUUCUGUAUCUUCAAUUACAACAGCUAGUUCCUCAACAAUCGUUGGAUCAUCUGGAAUACAGACAACUGCGCCCACUAUUACAUCAGGGCAAUCUACAGGAUCCUCCAUCACAAAUACACAAACAACUGGAUUUUCAGUAUCAACAGGACCAACAAAUGCAACCUCUGUUACAAUGGGUCAAACCACUUCUAUCACAAGGCAAACCACAGGAUCUUCAGUCACAACAGCACAAACAUCAGCACCCACAGUCCUGACAGGACAAAUCACAAGCUCUUCAGGAACAGCAGGACUCACAACCACACCUUUUGUCACAACAGGACAAACUACCAGAUCUUCAGUCACAACCGCACAAACCAUAGGAUCUUCAGUCACAUCUAAUCCUACAGUCACACUAUCUACAACAGCACAGACAACUACACGCUCUGUCACAACAAUACAAACCUCAGGCUCCUCAGCCACAGCAACACAGACAUCUCCAUCCUCAGUUACAAUAGGUCAAACCACAGGAUCAUCAGUCCAAAUAGCACAAACAACAGGAUCUUCAGUCACAACAUCAAAACCUACAGGAACUUCAUCUACAAUAUCACAGACAACUACAUCUGUCACAACAUCACCAACAUCAGGAUCUUCAAUCAUAACAGGGCAACCCUCAAGCUCAUCUGCCACAACACAGACAUCACCAUCCUCUGUCACUGUCACAACAGGUCAAAAUACAGGAUCAUCAAGCCAAACAACACACACAUCAGGAUCUUCUAUAUCAACAGUAUUUUCUACAGGCACAUCAUCCUCAACAUCGCAGAUAUCUACACCUUCUGUAACAACAGGACAAACAGCAGGAUCUUCUUUAACAACAGGACAAGCAACAGGAUCUUCUGUCAUAACAGGACAAACAGCAGGAUCUUCUUUUACGACAGUAAAUACUACAGGAACCUCAUCCUCAAAAUCACAGACAGCUUCACUUUUUGUAACAACAGGACAAACCAAAGGGUCCUCAGUUACAACAGGACAAACAACAGGAUCUUCUUACAUAACAGGACAAACAGCAGGAUCUUCAUUAACAACAGUUAACUCUAAAGGCACCUCUUUCGCAACACCACAGACAACUACACCUUUUGUAACAACAGGACAAUCCACAGGGUCUUCCAUAACAUCAGGACAAACAACAGGAUCUUCCAUCACAACAGGACAAACUACAGGAUCUUCAGUCACAACUGCACAAACCAUAGGAUCGUCAGUCACAUCUAAUCCUACAGUCACACUAUCUUCAACACCACAGACAACUGCAUCCUCUGUCACAACAGCACAAACCUCAGGCUUUUCAGCCACAGCAACACAAACAUCUCCAUCCUCGGUUACAAUAGGUCAAACCACAGGAUCAUCAGUCCAAAUAGCACAAACAACAGGAUCUUCAGUCACAACAUCAAAACCUACAGGUACUUCAUCUACAAUAUCACAGACAACUACAUCUGUCACAACAUCACCAACAUCAGGAUCUUCAGUCAUAACAGGGCAACCCUCAAGCUCAUCAGCCACAACACAGACAUCAUCAUCCUCUGUCACUGUCACAACAGGUCAAAAUACAGGAUCAUCAAGCCAAACAACACACACAUCAAGAUCUUCUAUAACAACAGUAAAUUCAACAGGCACCUCAUCCUCAACAUCUCAGAUAGCUACAUCCUCUAUAACAACAGGACAAACAGCAGGAUCUUCUUUAACAACAGGCAAAGCCACAGGAUCUUCUUUCACGACAAGACAAACAGCAGGAUCCUCUUUUUCAACAGUAAAUACUACAGGCACCUUAUCCUCAAAAUCACAGACAACUACAGCUUUUGUAACAACAGGGCAAUCCACAGGGUCUUCCAUCACAACAGGACAAACUACAGGAUCUUCAGUCACAACCGCACAAACCAUAGGAUCUUCAGUCACAUCUAAUCCUACAGUCACACUAUCUACAACAGCACAGACAACUGCACCCCCUGUCACAACAAUACAAACCUCAGGCUCCUCAGCCACAGCAACACAGACAUCUCCAUCCUCAGUUACAAUAGGACAAACCAUAGGAUCAUCAGUCCAAACAGCACAAACAACAGGAUCUUCAGUCACAACAUCAAAACCUACAGGAACUUCAUCUACAAUAUCACAGACAACUACACCUGUCACAUCAUCACCAACAUCAGGAUCUUCAGUCAUAACAGGGCAACCCUCAAGCUCAUCUGCCACAACACAGACAUCAUCAUCCUCUGUCACUGUCACAACAGGUCAAAAUACAGGAUCAUCAAGCCAAACAACACACACAUCAAGAUCUUCUAUAACAACAGUUAAUUCAACAGGCACCUCAUCCUCAACAUCGCAAAUAGCUACAUCCUCUGUAACGACAGGACAAACAGCAGGAUCUUCUUUAACAACAGGACAAGCAACAGGAUCUUCUGUCACAAGAGGACAAACAGCAGGAUCUUCUUAUUCAACAGUAUAUACUACAGGCACCUUAUCCUCAAAAUCACAGACAACUACAGCUUUUGUAACAAAAGGAAAAUCCACAGGGUCUUCCAUCAUAACAGGACAAACAACAGGAUCUUUCAUCACAACAGGACAAACCAUAGGAUCUUCAGUCACAUCUAAUCCUACAGUCACACUAUCUACAACAGCACAGACAACUACACGCUCUGUCACAACAAUACAAACCUCAGGCUCCUCAGCCACAGCAACACAGACAUCUCCAUCCUCAGUUACAAUAGGACAAACCACAGGAUCAUCAGUCCAAACAGCACAAACAACAGGAUCUUCAGUCACAACAUCAAAACCUACAGGCACUUCAUCUACAAUAUCACAGACAACUACAUCUGUCACAACAUCACCAACAUCAGGAUCUUCAGUCAUAACAGGGCAACCCUCAAGCUCAUCAGCCACAACACAGACAUCAUCAUCCUCUGUCACUGUCACAACAGGUCAAAAUACAGGAUCAUCAAGCCAAACAACACACACAUCAAGAUCUUCUAUAACAACAGUAAAUUCAACAGGCACCUCAUCCUCAACAUCUCAGAUAGCUACAUCCUCUAUAACAACAGGACAAACAGCAGGAUCUUCUUUAACAACAGGCAAAGCCACAGGAUCUUCUUUCACGACAAGACAAACAGCAGGAUCCUCUUUUUCAACAGUAAAUACUACAGGCACCUUAUCCUCAAAAUCACAGACAACUACAGCUUUUGUAACAACAGGGCAAUCCACAGGGUCUUCCAUCACAACAGGACAAACUACAGGAUCUUCAGUCACAACCGCACAAACCAUAGGAUCUUCAGUCACAUCUAAUCCUACAGUCACACUAUCUACAACAGCACAGACAACUGCACCCCCUGUCACAACAAUACAAACCUCAGGCUCCUCAGCCACAGCAACACAGACAUCUCCAUCCUCAGUUACAAUAGGACAAACCAUAGGAUCAUCAGUCCAAACAGCACAAACAACAGGAUCUUCAGUCACAACAUCAAAACCUACAGGAACUUCAUCUACAAUAUCACAGACAACUACACCUGUCACAUCAUCACCAACAUCAGGAUCUUCAGUCAUAACAGGGCAACCCUCAAGCUCAUCUGCCACAACACAGACAUCACCAUCAGGAUCUUCUAUAACAACAGUAACAACAGGAUCUUCUUUAGCAACAGGACAAGCAACAGGAUCUUCUUUCACAACAGGACAAACAGCAAGAUCUUCUUUAGCAACAGUAAAUACUACAGGCACCUCAUCCUCAAAAUCACAGACAACUACAGCUUUUGUAAAAACAGGACAAUCCACAGGGUCUUCCAUCACAACAGGACAAACAACAGGAUCUUCUAACAUAAUGGGACAAACAGCAGGAUCUUCAUUAACAACAGUUAACUCUAAAGGCACCUCAUUCUCAACACCACAGACAACUACACCUUUUGUAACAACAAGACAAUCCACAGGGUCUUCCAUCACAACAGGACAAACAACAGGAUUUUCCAUCACAACAGGACAAACUAUAGGAUCUUUAGUCACAACUGCACAAACCAUAGGAUCUUUAUUCACUUCUAAUCCUACAGCCACACUAUCUACAACAGUACAGACAACUGCACCCUCUGUCACAACAGCACAAACCUCAGGCUCUUCAGCCACAGCAACACAGACAUCUCCAUCCUCAGUUACAAUAGCACAAACAACAGGAUCAUCAGUCCAAACAGCUCAAACAACAGGGUCUCCAGUUACAACAUCAAAACUUUCAUCUACAAUAUCACAGAUAACUACACCUGUCACAACAUCACCAACAUCAGGAUCUUCAGUCAUUACAGGGCGAUCCUCAAGCUCAUCAGCCACAACACAGACAUCAUCAUCCUCUGUCACUGUCACAACAGGUCAAAAUACAGGAUCAUCAAGCCAAACAACACACACAUCAGGAUCUUCUAUAACAACAGUAAAUUCUACAGGCACCUCAUCCUCAACAUCUCAGAAAGCUACAUCUUCUUUAAGAACAGGACAAACAGCUGGAUCUUCUUUCUCAACAGUAAAUACUACAGGCACCUUAUCCUCAAAAUCACAGACAACUACAGCUUUUGUAACAACAGGGCAAUCCACAGGGUCUUCCAUCACAACAGGACAAACAACAGGAUCUUCCAUCACAACAGGACAAACUACUGGAUCUUCAGUCACAACCGCACAAACCAUAGGAUCUUCAAUCACAUCUUAUCCUACAGUCACACUAUCUACUACAGCACUGACAACUGCACCCUCUGUCACAAGAACACAAACCUCAGGCUCUUCAGCCACAGCAACACAGACAUCUCCAUCCUCAGCUACAAUAGGACAAACCAAAGGAUCAUCAGUCCAAACAGCACAAACAACAGGAUCUUCAGUCACAACAUCAAUACCUACAGGAACUUCAUCUACAAUAUCACAGACAACUACAUCUGUCACAACAUCACCAACAUCAGGAUCUUCAGUCAUAACAGGGCAACCCUCAAGCUCAUCUGCCACAACACAGACAUCGCCAUCCUCUGUCACUGUCACAACAGGUCAAAAUACAGGAUCAUCAAGCCAAACAACACACAUAUCAGGAUCUUCUAUAUCAACAGUAUUUUCUACAGGCACCUCAUCCUCAACAUCGCAGAGAGCUACACCUUCUGUAACAACAGGACAAACAGCAGGAUCUUCUUUAACAACAGGCAAAGCCACAGGAUCUUCUGUCAAAACAGGACCAACGGCAGGAUCUUCUUUAACAACAGGACAAGCAACAGGAUCUUCUUUCACGACAAGACAAACAGCAGGAUCUUCUUUUUCAACAGUAAAUACUACAGGCACCUCAUCCUCAAAAUCACAGACAACUACAGCUUUUGUAAUAACAGGACAAUCCACAGGGUCUUCCAUCACAACAGGACAAACUGCCGGAUCUUCAGUCACAACCGCACAAACCAUAGGAUCUUCAGUCACAUCUUAUCCUACAGUCACACUAUCUACAACAGCACAGACAACUGCACACUCUGUCACAACAGUACAAACCUCACAGUCAUUUCCAUCCUCAGUUACAAUAGGACAAACCAUAGGAUCAUCAGUCCAAACAGCACAAAUAACAGGAUCUUCAGUCUCAACAUCAAAACCUACAGGAACUUCAUCUACAAUAUCACAGACAACUACACCUGUCAAAACAUCACCAACAUCAGGAUCUUCAAUCAUAACAGGGCAACCCUCAAGCUCAUCUUCCACAACACAGACAUCACCAUCCUCUGUCACUGUCACAACAGGUCAAAAUACAGGAUCAUCAAGCCAAACAACACACACAUCAGGAUCUUCUAUAUCAACAGUAAAUUCAACAGGCACCUCAUCCUCAACAUCGCAGAUAUCUACACCUUCUGUAGCAACCGGACAAACGGCAGGAUCUUCUUUAACAACAGGACAAGCAACAGGAUCUUCUGUCAUAACAGGACAAACAGCAGGAUCUUCUUUUACGACAGUAAACACUACAGGCACCUCAUCCUCAAAAUCACAGGCAGCUUCACUUUUUGUAACAACAGGACAAACCAAAGGGUCCUCAGGUACAACAGGACAAACAACAGGAUCUUCUAACAUAACAGGACAAACAGCAGGAUCUUCAUUAACAACAGUUAACUCUAAAGGCACCUUAUUCUCAACACCACAGACAACUACACUUUUUGUAACAACAGGACAAUCCACUGGGUCUUCCAUCACAACAGGACAAACAACAGGAUUUUCCAUCACAACAGGACAAACUACCAGAUCUUCAGUCACAACUGCACAAACCAAAGGAUCUUCAGUCACAUCUAAUCCUACAGUCACACUAUCUACAAAAGCACAAACAACUACACCCUCUGUCACAACAGUACAAACCUCAGGCUCUUCAGCCACAGCAACACAGAUAUCUCCAUCUUCAGUUACAAUAGGACAAACCACAGGAUCUUCAGUCCAAACGCCACAAUCAACAGGACCUUCAGUCACAGCAGCAAGGCUUUCAAACAAUUCAUCAACAAGAGCACAGAACACUACUCCAUCUGUCACAACAGUCCAAUACAAUCCACUGGAUCCUCCUGACUGUAAGCAACGUGUCUCCAUGGGUUGUUCUCAACCAAGUAUUCUCAUACACUGUCCAUAUUCAUGUGGGUCAUCCAGUGUUACUACUUCCAUACCAACAACUAUUUCUGCAACGAUGACAGCUCUCACAACUAUCAACAGAUCUACACAAUCACUAGGUACAAGAUUAUCCAGUUCAUCAAUAACAACCCCUUCCAUUGUUUCACUGCCAACAACCACCUCAACACUAAAACCAAAGGCACAUAGCAAAUCAACAGCAGCUCCAACAACUGUCAACAUCAUAUCAACAUCCACUGCUAUGAAGAAGACAACCAAACAUGUUCUUCCAACAGGAGCUGCUUCUUUUUAUGAUCCAAGGGAUCCUGUUGACUGCAGGCGAACACUUCUCACUUAUUCCUGCAGUAUUCCUUUACUGCAAACACACUGCAAAUAUUCCUGUGCAUCACAAAAGAAGCCAAAUGGAUAAUUUUACAGAGAG